UGAGUGCUAUGCUGCCUGGCCCCAAAAUCACUUCUCUCUCUCUCUCUCUCUCUCUCUCUCUCUCUCUCUCUCUUAUUUGGCCUGAAACCAUUACAUAAAGUAUGACAUAAAUAAAUGAAGAGAUAUGAAUGAAACACCCUUAUUCUUUCCUCAUCAGCAGCACAACAGCCUAAGCCAACACGACACUUCAUAAUAAAAAGUUUUUAUUACUUCCCCCCUUCCCCCUCUACGCCCACCCCCACCAACCUUUUUCCUAUACUAUAAAUUAAUUGGUACAGUCGUAGAAUUGAAUGACAGCAAAUCCCUCUUAUUUUUAUUUUUUGUUAUUUCUCUCGUCUCCCAUAGAGUUUUACUAAAACAAAAAAAAAAAGAGAACACGAAAUAAACUUCACAUUACACAAAGCCUUUCACUUUUUUCCUUUUUCUCUCUCUUUCUGUGGCUCUGCCUCUGCCUCUGCCGCUGCUAACGUUGUUUGCUGACAACACUACACAAAUUUCAGAAAGACUUAAAAAGAGAGCCACCACCCUCUCACAAAAAAAUUCUUCAUUCUCACUCUCUCCACUCUUUGCUACAGUUUUUUCUCGUUUCUCAUCCCAUUUUUAGCUCACAGAAAUAGACUCAGCAGCAGCUAAAUGGGUAUUUGGAACAACCUAUUAUUUUCCCUUGUCCUCCUUUUUAUUUUCCCUUUUUGUACACCAGAUCCAAAUGAUGAGAUGUGCUUAACCCAUCUCAGUCAAUCUUUACAAGACCCUUUGAAGAAUCUUCAAAACUGGACUAAAUCCUCUUUUACUAAACCUUGUGAUGGGUUCACUUCCUAUCUACAAGGUGCAACUUGUAACAAUGGUCGCAUCUAUAAACUUACCCUUUCCAAUCUUGCCCUUAAGGGUACCAUUUCUCCUUAUCUUUCCAAUUGUACUAAUCUCCAAGCCCUCGACCUUUCCUCCAACUCUAUCUCCGGACCAAUCCCUUUAGAACUACAAUUCCUCGUUAAUCUUGCCGUCUUAAAUCUCUCUGCUAAUCAACUCUCAGGCCAAAUCCCUGAACAGCUCGCCAUUUGCGCAUACCUUAAUGUGAUUGAUCUUCAUGAUAAUCAGCUAAGUGGGGUUAUCCCACAGCAGCUGGGCCUCCUUGUUAGGUUGUCAGUUUUCGAUGUAUCGAACAAUCGAUUGUCGGGUCCAAUACCGGUUUCACUGGGUAAUCGGAGCGGUAACUUGCCCCGAUUCAAUGCCAGUUCGUUUGAUGGGAAUAAGGAUCUUUAUGGGUACCCAUUACCACCCAAAAAGAAUAACGGGUUAUCCGUUUUGGCAAUUGUUGGGAUCGGAUUAGGAAGUGGAUUUUUGAGUUUAGUGCUAAGUUUUACAGCUGUUUGUAUAUGGUUAAGAGUUUCUGAGAGAAAAUUAGAUGCUGAAGAAGGGAAAAUUAGUCAACUUAUGCCUGAUUAUUGAAUACAAAUUAUAAUUUUCAAAUUACAGGUAUGUUUAUUUAUUUAUUUUAAUUUUAGGCUGGUUUGUUUUGCCCUUUUUCUUUUUCAUUUUUGUUGGUUUUAAAUUUUCUUUUUUAGGUUCAUUAUUUUUGUUUAGCUUUGUUUUUCUAACAUUUGACCCCAAUUACAAAUAUGUAAAGGAUUGAAGAAAUUUGGAAUUGA